AUGGCCUUCAUCAAUCCCAUGGAUACACCGGGCAUCCCGACAUACCGCGUGAUGGAUUCCGAUGGUGUACUCGUUGGCCAGAGUCGGAGUGAGCUGGGGUUUACCAAUGAAGAUGCUUUGAGUUGGUAUAGGAAUAUGCUGACGGGUUGGUUCUUUUCUCUAUAUUACGAUGGUUUGCGGCCCGAUGCUGAUGGGUUACUGACAAGUCGCUACGGACAGGUCUCUGCCGGCGAAGAAGGCAUCAGCGUCGGCUCCGCCGCAGCCCUAACCCCCGACGACGUCGUCUUCGCGCAGUACCGCGAAACCGGCGUGUUCCAGCAACGCGGCUUCACCCUAAAGCAAUUCAUGAGCCAGCUGUUCGCCAACGCAAACGAUAACGGGCGUGGGCGGAACAUGCCCGUCCACUACGGGUGUGCGUAUCCGAAGACUGUACGCAUCACGCCCUCUCCAACAUCUCCCAUGCUAGAGUUAGAGUGGACAUUGACAGAAGCACAGCACACAAUCUCCUCAACCCUCGCGACGCAAAUCCCGCAAGCUUCAGGCGCCGCCUACGCCCUCAAGCUCCAAGCGCUCCAAAACCCAGACAAACCACCGGCCAUCGUAGCCUGCUACUUCGGCGAGGGCGCCGCCAGCGAAGGCGACUUCCACGCGGGGCUCAACAUCGCCGCGACACGAUCAUGCCCCGUCGUCUUCAUCUGCCGGAACAACGGGUACGCCAUCUCCACACCAACACUAGAGCAGUACCGGGGCGACGGGAUCGCGUCGCGCGGGGUAGGCUACGGCAUCGACACGAUCCGCGUGGACGGGAACGACAUAUUCGCAGUGUACGAGACCAUGAAGGCCGCGCGGGGCCUCGCACUCUCCGGUGGCGGGAGGCCAGUGCUCAUCGAGGCGAUGUCGUACCGCGUUUCGCACCACAGUACGUCGGACGAUAGCUUUGCGUACCGGGCGCGCGUGGAAGUCGAGGACUGGAAGAGGCGGGAUAAUCCGAUUAUCCGGUUGCGGAAGUGGCUUGAGAACGAGGGGCUUUGGAAUGAGGAUCUGGAGAGGCAGGCGCGGGAGGGGAUUCGGAGGGACGUCCUGCGGGAGUUUGGGGAGGCGGAGAGGGCGAAGAAGCCGGCUAUUCGGUUUGCGUUUGAGGAUGUUUAUGAGGAGGUUACGGAGGAGGUGAGGGAGCAGAUGGGGGAGUUGAAGAGGAUUCUGGAGGAGUAUCCUGAGGAGUAUGAUCUUAGGGGGUUUGAGGGGGGGAUUAAGGGGUUGGAUGAGAAGUAG